AUGUCAUCUUCAGACUCCACGAGCUCAUCCAGCGGCGACAGUGGCAACAACGACAACCAAGUUGAGUUAAUUGUAGCCGUUGUUGCCUUGGUGAUAUCAGUCCUCGCCUUCAUCAUUGCAAUUUUCCAAGCACUCCAACAAUACUACGCAUCGGCAACCGGCUAUUCAUCAUGUACCCCAAAGGUAAUGGGAGAUUGGGCGAGGUUCACACGUCGACGAUUCAGAUGGUAUGAAUUCCGUUUCGAGGUGGAGUUCGAAGUUCCUGUCAUCUUCGUUGCGCCGCCGACAAACCCAAGGGGACCCCUCGGCGUGCACGACGACAAGGAGAUCACCUACAUGACCGGGACGACAGACAGUUAUAAGAAGACGUAUACCUGGGACCAAGAAGAAUACGACAAGCAUUCCAAGACCUUGCGGGCCGGGAUGACACGUCAAGCUAUCCACACCGCCGACAACGAACUCGCAAACUGGACGAGUCUGUUGAUGGCUAUUCAGCGUAUGGAAAGGGAGUCGCGAACGUGGCAAGAUAAGGAGUAUUUCGGGUACAACCCUCAAUGGGAAGCCCAAACACCAUGCCAUCCGACCCAAUCCAGCACUCCUGUACCUUACACUCUUACCGUCGGCAUGCAGAGGAAGAAGAAGUCAUGGGAUAGCAUGCCAGACAACAUGAAGAAGCCGUACGCAACAACAACGAUCUCGCACCUAGUAGAAAUGGCAGCGAUGUUGGGUGUUCACUGGAAAGAGUUCAAUCGCAACGAGGACCGUUACCGCGGACAGGGUAACGGAUUCAGCAUCACCGGAUAUGAUGUUGACGAUCUCGGCAUCGUCUUCACCUUUGAGAAGACUGGACCGACAUGGUUUCACGAGAACAGGGUGGUGCCGAAUAACAAGGUCAAGGAGCUUUGUUUUGGGUACUGCCCCACGAUUUUCCGUCAGCAGAACAACGACAACUACAAAUACGCCGACGAACCGAAAGACAUCGGAACGCUCCAGCUCGGUAGCAUGUCAGCUAUCGCAGAAACUCUGGUCGUGAUCGGUUGCAACACUAAUACUGUCCGGCACUUCCGAAAGUCAACUCCAGAUACACGGCACAUCCACCUGUUUCCGAUUGCUUUCGAAAUGCUAGGUAUGGUGGGUGCCGUCCUACAGAUUCCCGGCACGGCUUUCCGCAUGCUCCCUAACCCAACCAUCUGGCAUUGGGACCGAAAGUCAUUUUCACUGAGAACCUUUCUCAGCGACUACGUCCACAUCAUGGGCGAGUCGUCAGAAACCGAAGCCAUGCUUAAAAACAUAGAAGGGUCUCGAAUUAGCGUGAUUCUCAAGGAAACCGGCAAGAUUGAAGACAAAUUCGAAGAGCUCGAAUCUCGAGACGGCCCAGAAGCGAUCUUGAGACGCACAAACAACACUGAGGAAAGAAUUUACUCUAAUGACCUAGUCAUGGCUUUGCACUCAGCCAUCUCGAAAUGUGAUGAGUUCCUUCAGAGUCAAGAGAGGAUACACCUGGUACAGAACGUCCUGCGCGUACACCUGCAAGAGAUUCUGCGUAUUCUGAACGAUAAGGAAGGGGAGUACAAGACAGUUGUGGUUACAACAGGAGAUCCUACCCGGUCAAAGAGGGACUCGAGACACGAUCUCGUUGUUCCCGGCGCAUCCCCUAUCCCGAAGACGCGAGAGGAACACGAGGAAACCGAGAAGGAGGUAUCGCUCCUCCAGAAGCUGGAUGCUGCGUCUUCGAGCGAGAGACACAGCGUUUUAGCCGAGAUUUACCUUCUCUCGGUGCGCAAGCGGGUCAUCGAUGUUGUUUGCAAACAGCUGCGGGCUGAAAAGGCUCGCAAAGGGCGUGGGGCCAGGUCGAUCAUCUCUGAUGCUUCUACGGACGUAGUUGCUCACGACCAGCAACAGCAGAUUAAUGAUGUUUGGUGCAUGCUUGUUUUCCGAAUGGUAUGCUGGUUGCUUCUGCAUGAUUUCCAUGGCAAGGAUAUUCAAGUCGAGAAGAGCGAGGUAUUUGGAAGCCGUUUGCCAGUUUACAUUACAUAG